AAAAAAAACAAAAUUUAAUUGUCUUUAGUUGCCUAGUUACGUCUAUCAACAAAAACAUUGUACGUCAUUAAAUUAAAAACAUAUUCAAGUAGCACAUUAAACACAAAAUGAACAUGAUCACGCUGCUGGCAAGAUCAAAAAAUGUUUUCUCGUUUGUGAGACCAAAUCAAAUGGGACCCUUUAGAUCAAUUGUAUUGCAACCCAAGCCCCUGCCGCAACCAAAAAUGGAAACACACGAUGAAAAAAAUAUGAGACUCAACAGGCCACUGUCGCCCCAUCUGACAAUUUAUUCUCCCCAGUUGACCAGUAUGCUUUCAAUUUCUCAUAGGGCGACUGGCAUAGCUUUGGGUUUUUAUUUGGUAACAUUCAGUUUCGUGGGUUUGGUCAGUCCGGACUUCCUAGUAAGUACCAUAGAGAGGAUGGAACAUUUGCCAAAUGCUGUAUUAACCACGGUCAAAUUUGGACUUUGCUUCCCUCUUUGCUAUCAUUUUUUCAACGGUAUUCGCCAUUUACUAUGGGACUCUGGCCUGUUCCUGACCAUUAAAGAGGUUUACGCCACUGGAUACGUCAUGCUACUGCUUACCUUUUCAUCAAGCAUUGGGUUGGCCCUUAAUUAAUCACCAAUAUACUAUUACACUAACUUUGUAAUGUAAUUGAACCAUUAAAAUAGUUAAUUUCAUAAUGAGAUUUAUUAUUAUUGUGUUGUUGAUGUAAUUAAACUUUAUCAUCUCUUAUUAAUUGAUUUAUCCAAUUUAAGA